CUCCACGUAAAGAUCGGGGUCAUAUGUUCCCUAACCCUAACAUAAUUUGAGAUAAGGGUGGGGUUUUGCUUUGGUCCGCUGGAAAAGACCGAAACCUUGAAGGCUCCGCCAUGGCGGGAAUACUACCGGUAGAUCUGCGGCAGUAAGAAGAAUCUGAUAUUACAGUACUACUAUAGCAUGGAACCAUUUGACAUUGACGAGUACCGUGAUGAGGACGACGACGACAACAACACUAAUGAGACCAGGCCUCUGGGGGUGGAACCCAAACGAAACCCCCUGACGGUCCGUGUGUUUGGCCUUCCAUUGCGCAAAGCGGCUGCCGUCGUGAUAGUCGUCUUGUUGGUGAUGGCGGUGGUCCUUUCGUUGACUUCCUCCUCCCAUGACAAGGCGUCCUCCGACACGAGCGUCGCUGCCUCCACAACGCCAGGACCUGUAAGACUGUUUGGCACUUCCUAUCAUGUCGCAUCGACCACGGAUGUCUACCGACACGGACAUCGUCUCAAAGGGCCGUUUCCGAGCGAAAUUGGUACCUUGACGGCCCUGACCGUCUUGGAGCUCUAUCACGGCGCACUGUCUGGAAACAUUCCCAGUGAAAUUGGACUCCUUUCGUCGACCCUCAACGUCUUGGUGUUGAAAGACUGUGGAAGUCUCAAUGGCACCGUCCCCUCGGAAAUUGGGUUGCUUACCGCGUUGAAGGUGUUGCGGCUCGAAGACGACAAAUUGUCCGGGAGUGUGCCCACCGAGAUGGGACUGUUGACUGCGUUGGAGGAAUUGCUCUUGCCAAACAAUCAAUUGGUGGGGAGUGUUCCCGGCGAUCUCUGUGCGAACCCACAGUUGAAAGAAAUCCGAGUGGACUGCCCUCCAGAUCCUUCUCCCGUGGCAUGUGCUUGCGACAAUGUAUGCCAAUGUACCAGUCACGAGACUCACGAGGAGGAGGAGGGUCAAACCUGAUGAUCUAAUAAACUU